AUGGAUCUAAAGAUUAAGAAAUUUUCUAAAAAACUAUUUCCAACUAAUCAAUCUAUUAUUAACCUAAUACCGACAAAAACAAAAAAUAAAAUAAAAUUUCAUAACAACUAUAUUUAUAUACCAAUAAACAAAUCGAAGUCAAUUGAUAAAGCUAUAUUAGCAGCAGUUGCUAAAGACGGAAGAAGUUUCGGUGAUUUUAAUCGUUUAGAAUCAUUGCCGUCAACAAAUAAAGAAUCAUCAGAAGAACUGAGUUUAUCUGAUGAUGAUGACAAUAUGAACAAAGACAAUACUGAUGACCUAGUCACAUUAGAUGAUGGAAAGCGAAUUAUGAAUUCAAUCACAGUUGUUAUGGAAAAGUGUAGAAAACUCGUCAAUCAUUUUGGAAGAUCUACGAAAGAAAGUGGUUAUUUAAAACAACAUGUUGGGAAAACGAAGAAAUGUCAUAAAUUAAUAACUGAUCGGAAAAUCCCUUUAAGUGGUUCAAAUUAUCCAAUAUUAGCUAAAGCAUAUAAUGCACUGAAAACAUUAUAUAUUUAUCUUGAAAUUGGCAACAUGUUCGAUUCAUUUAAUAUAAGAGUUAUGAAACAAUUAUUAUUAGCUUAUUUGACUCAUUAUUUUCCUCGAAAUGAUAAUAAUGAACAAUAUUAUUUAAUGAGAGCGGCAGCAUACGUCGAUCCUCCGGAGCAUUUGUCGUUGGACAAUGAUGAGUUAGAAAAGGCUGAAGUAUAUAUUAACUCAUUGUAUGAUCGAUUAAGAUUAACGUUAUAUGACGAAACAUCGUCGAACACUGCACAACAACAAAAGCCGGGGGCAGAUGAGCUAAAAGAUGAAGAUGUGGAUACUGAAAAUAAUCAUUUGAGUACCUACGAACUGUUGUUGGGCCGUACUGGUAUUCGAACACAAGUAGUUAACAGUGAAGAAAAUAUUUCACUUGAAUUUGAUCGGUAUAAAAGAAUGCUCAAAAUGUUAACGAAACCAAGAUACAUUUUGGAAAGACAAUACAUGUCUGAAACAUCUUCGUUCAAUUGCGAAAGUACUAUUAGCUAUUCCUGGCACAAGUGUACCAUCGGAAAGUUGUUUUAGCAUUUCUGGUAAACUAUUACAUAAUCGUGAGAAAACGAAAUCAAAUGUGGUGAAAUAUUCAAUGUUUCUCAAAGAUAAACUGUGAAGUGAAGCAGUUGUAAAAAUCUAAACUUUUUGAAUGUUUUUGAUUCAUGUUGACCUGAAUAAACCUAUUUAUCGCAGUUAAAAAAUAACCUACAUAUAUUAUCAAAAACUCUGCAGUCAUCGGUAAAUUACCGUCGCUAGCGAUAAAAAGCUUUUUACCGAAGUUUACCGCAGUAAAACUUUGUGAUUUUUUACCGGUUUGAAAUUAACGCGGUAAAAAUCUGAAGUUGUUACCGUAGCGUCGGUAACGGUAACACGUUUUUAUCGUUACCGCUCAUGCCUAGAGAAGACGUAAAUAAGAACAAGAUGGUGUGAUAAACCAGAAGUAGGUGAAACAGUCGCAUCGUGGCACAGUAGGCAUUUUCCCAUAGAGCCGGUACACGUCUGGUUUUCUACUUAAAAAAUGAUUAUUUUUUUGCAUGAGAUUAUUAUAUUAACAGAAGUAAAAAAGCCGAAUUCGAAAAAGCUUUUUUUCAAUAAAAAGGCCUUUUUGGAGAACUCUUGCGCUGAAUUUUUGUCAAAAAUGUUUUGUUUCUAAAAUUAGCGGAUUAUCUUCCAUUCGGUGCAGUUUUUCAUGCUGAUUCUAAAUUUGUUAUUAUUUUUCAAUAAAAGUGUCCCUGAGUUGAAGAAAUAGGUUUUACCUGAAAACCAAGGCUUUUCGGACACUCUAUAGCUCGACUUGGGUAGAUGUGUGCAUCUUUGCGCAUGUCCAGGAAUAUUUUGGUAUAACUUUAAGUGAGUUUCGAUCUUAGCGAACUUUAGCGAUAAAGAAAUUGUUUUGAGUAAUCUGUGGAUUAUAACCAAAACUUGUCCGUAAUAAAAACGCUAUAUUAUGCAAUGCACAUAACUUAAUUGUUUCUGAAGAUAUUCUUCAAACUGGUAAUAAACUUUAUAAUAAAUUUAUUUAAUUUAAAUUUGAUAAUAAACUUAUUUAAUUUUAACUAUAAGGAAACUUAUCAGUCUGCCCGCAAGGCACAGCACCAACUUUUAUCGAUACAAGUCAGCAAGGUCUCAUACUUAAAUAAAAACCUGAAGGUUUAUAGGAAACAACAUUCGGAGCGAAAUAACUCGAGAAGGUUGUUUUUGAUGUAUCUCUUUACUACCAUACCUAUGUCUCGUGUGUGUACUUAAUUUAUCGCUUAAAAUUACUAAAGACUUAUUUAUUAUCAAUCUGCAUGCAUUACUCUCUUUAAACAGGUUUCUAAGACCGUCUCACUUUAAUUCAUAUCUUUUGUAGUGUUUACAUCUUACGAGGGAAGUAAGGCGCGGAUAAUUCAAAGUUUCAGCAGUUCUUGUUUUUAACUUAAACUUACAUCUCUGGAAUCGCUAUUUGACGCUGAUCACGAAUAUGUCUUUCUUUUUUAGUUUAGACAAAGUUUUGACAGAGAAAAACACAAAAUACUGGAAGGAUCUAAAAAUCCGCAAAAAAACCUGCUUAUCGAAAAAUUAUGUUUUAUUAUUUACCAUUCCAUUUUUCAUG